AUGGCUGCCAUUGGGACAUACAACAUGUCCCCCUCCGGGCUAACUAUCGUGAUCAAGUUGGGAACGAGUUCUAUUGUCGACGAGGUUACCCAUGAGCCCAUCCUCUCGAUCCUAACAUUAAUCGUGGAGACUGUCGCCCAGUUGCGCAAGGAUGGCCACAAAGUGGUCCUGGUAUCAUCAGGCGCCAUUGGAGUCGGCCUGCGGAGGAUGGAUAUGGAGAAGAAACCCAAACACCUGCCACGGAUACAGGCUCUAGCGGCCGUUGGUCAAUGCCGGCUGAUGAGUCUGUGGGACAACCUCUUUUCGCAUCUUUGGGUCCCGGUGGCCCAGAUUCUCUUAACGCGAAAUGACAUUGCCGAUAGAUCCCAAUAUGUCAACGCACAGAAUACCUUCGAGCAGCUCUUUGAUAUGGGCGUGAUUCCUAUAGUCAACGAGAACGAUACCCUGGCCGUUUCUGAAAUCAAUUUUGGCGACAAUGAUACCCUAUCAGCCAUCACUGCUGCCAUGGUGAAAGCGGACUAUCUUUUCCUCAUGACCGACGUCGACUGUCUCUAUACUGCAAACCCGCGCACGAACCCGGAUGCAGAACCCAUUGAAGUUGUCUCAGACAUUGCUUCGCUAGAAGCCGACGUUUCGUCCGCAGGAUCGGCACUGGGAACGGGGGGCAUGAGCACCAAAAUUGUGGCUGCCAAAUUGGGGACCAGUGCUGGAGUCACGACCAUUAUAACGAAAAGCUCGAAGCCAGGGAACGUUCACGAGAUUGUGAAGUACUUGCAAACCGUUCAGCAGGAGCCUCAAGACGACGCACAGGACAUACCCAGGCCUCCUCUUCAUACUCGAUUCCUUCCUUCGGACACUCCGAUCAAAUCUCGGUCAUUCUGGCUGCUCCACGGCCUCACUCCACACGGGACUCUGUACAUCGAUCAUGGGGCAUACAAUGCACUUCAAAAUAAAGCAAACCUCCUUCCAGCCGGAGUGGUUGCUGUGGAAGGACACUUCGGGCACCAGGAAUCGGUACGGUUGGUGGUUGUUGAUCGACCUUCCGAGGAUGCUCUGAAUGGAGACUUCCCGCUCGACGGACAGGAGCUCAACGAAGUCGGUCGCGCGCUGGUCAAUUAUGGCAGCAUCGAAAUUGCACAUAUCAAGGGCCACCGGAGCUCGGAGAUCGAGUCGGUGCUUGGCUACUCGGACAGCGACUAUGUGGCAGUGCGUGAGAAUAUCUCGUUUCAUCCAGAUGACUGGCUCAGUCACUCGCCCACCCCAAUAACGCCUGCCCUGGAGGCAUGGAGCAUAUAG